CGCUCCACCAGAAGACACAAGGCGAAAUAUCUUCCUUUCUGAACAACAGGAAGAGGAGAUCCGGGAGACAGUUUUCCCUCAUCAGCUGCUGCCUAGGUACUGUGUGUGCAGCUAUCGUAGUCAGUUACCAAACGGUUCUACAGCUGAUUGGACGCUUUUCGGGAAUCAUUGGCUUGAGUGCGCGCGAAGGAAACUCUUAUCCAAGCUUGAGGGUGGUCGCGGUUCGAAAUUGUCGGUGGGUGGUGGCGUAUUUUCCCCCGUCCCUCUUCCGGAAGGAUGAAGGAAACCAACCCAAUUCGCGCCGUCUGACAGUCAGUCUCGGUCGAACGUUGGAAUCGAACGGACGGAAGUAUAGUUUCAGGCGCGGCAUAUCCUUCCUGUGUGGUGUAGUGAUAGUGUAGUAGAAAUAAUUGGUACUUCUUACUGCGUUUGGAAGUCUCUGAGUGAGUUAGCGAGCAAGGAGUGCUACCAAAGGCUGACCAAUCGACUUACCCUCAAUCGGUCCUGAUUGUCCGGAGGCUGUCGCGUGACACAUUGAAAACGAGAAUUGAAUUAUUGAUCUCCGGUGGGAAAAAAGUCAUUUCCUGACUUCUUUGUACGUGAGAAGCUUUCCCGCUGGUGUGUAACCGUGUUUUUUGAAAGCAAGGAAGAACAAUACAGUCUUCGGAAAAAAUAUGAGCAAUGAAUAAAGUGGUUUUGUGGUAAGCGAAGUUUCCUCGGAAGUAGAAGCAAUUUUUGAUGGAGUUUUCGAGGAAACCGACAUAUUCUGCUGCAUGUUGGCGAUGAUGGCCAUAAAGUGAAAAGUUGACGAGUGGAAUGAUAUGCUGUAAAGUUUUAAUUGAAUUACGUGAGAGUGCCAAAAUAGUCUCCCGGCCCUGCCCUGGAGGGAAUCAUUUCCGGAAUAGUGCAGAACAAAAGUUUCGACUUGAUGUGUAGAAGCGGAUCGGAACCCAGCCAACCGAAACUCCAGCAUAAUAAUUAAGAGAUCCAGCAAUAUAUUUUCAUUCACCGUUUCAACACUGAGUGACGCCUAUCCUUGACAAGCAUCUCACCUUAUCGAACCAUCCGACGGAGACUUACAGUCUGAAAUCCCAUCGUCCUGACGGCCGGUGUGACAAUCAAUCCAUUCCGACAGCCUCUCAGAGACUGUAUCGUCACACGGAGUCCCAUCAGGGACGGAAGAAUGUGGAAAGUUAAUUAAAAGAUUUCACCGUUCCUCCUUCAAGUGGAAACAACCUCAGAGCAAGAGAAAAGUUCCCACCUAUAGAGCAAAUCGAUCCCACCUUCGCUCGGUUGGCAUUGUCAGUCACGGAGACGACGAAGACCAAGGGGAGAGGGAUGGCCAUCAGACAGGCCCAGCCAUCUAAUGAGACAAGAAGGAUGACAAAUUAAAAAGUUUUCUUCCGACAGGAUUGGAGGCGUAAACUGGGUGAAGGGAACCUUCCCCUCCGAACCGCUGAAGAAAACCAUGAAGUGAGUUGCUCCGGAAUGCGUUGAAGGAUGUGUGAUUUUGCGGACUGGCAAUAGAACCUGUGGGGAUGAUGGUAGAAGAAUAUUGCAUCAGAAGUGUGAUCGAAUCGGGCAAAAUAUUCCGAAGUUUCGAAGCACGUACGGAACGUGGCUGCCGGUGUUUGGUCUAGACGGAAGUGUGUCAAAAGUGCCAUUAUCCACGUGGCAGAUUACUCCACCAGUAGUGAAAACGUAGUGUAGUGUGUAGUGCCCGAGUACAAGUCUCGAAACAACCCGACGUGACGUAACCACUGUCGUUUGGUUGCCCGCAUUAUUGUUUAGAAAAGCGUCAGGGCUAGCCAAUUCUCUGCGGUCGAAGGGGCUUUCCCGGGCCAAAAGGCGAAAUGACUGACAUGUUGCGAAGAUGUGGCUGCUUCCAGCGGACUCGACGCGGUUCCAGCUUUGAGGAUUCCUCAUCCUGCCGGUCGUCGGAAAUCGAAAGGGGUGGCGAGAUGACUCCGCACAGCGGCAGCCUGCUCAAGCUGUUCACCUCCAAGGGGUGGUGCCGGCAGUGGAGGAAAACUGGCCGCGGCAUGAGCAUGACCAAGAUUGAACGGACGAUGAAAGCCGCCAUCCUGAUCCAGCGCUGGUACAGGCGGUUUCUGGCGCGAAUCGAAAUCCGCCGCCGGUACACGUGGACAAUCUUCCAGAGCAUCGAGUAUGCCGGCGAGCAGGAUCAAGUUCGGUUGUACAACUUUUUCAACGCACUGCUAACGCACAUUCCGGAAACUGCGGGGCGACCCAUAGACUCGCAGGAAACCUCCCGAUCGUCUUCAAAUGAGGCCCUCGAUAUGAAGUUUUCGGACGAAUCGGACGACUUGGCGGACGAAGGCAUCUGCGGUCCGGAGCGGAGCUAUCAGGGUCCACACAUCAAGUUCCCGCUGGACAAAAAGGAACUGGAGGUGAUCAUCGAUCUGUUUCGGAAGAAGAAAAACCGCCUGCAUGCCAAAUACGUGGCCGGGAUCCUGCGGGAAGCCACCUCCAAACUCAAACGACUGCCAAAUCUGAACCAAGCGUCGACGGCCAUCUCCAAGCAGGUCACCAUCUGCGGCGAUUUGCACGGGAAGCUGGACGAUCUGCUGGUGGUGUUUCACAAGAACGGCCUGCCCUCGCCGGAGAACCCGUACGUCUUCAACGGAGACUUUGUAGACCGGGGCAAGAAGGGGCUGGAAGUGUUCCUACUACUGCUGUGUACGUUCCUAGUAUUUCCCGGUGGUGUCUUCCUGAACCGGGGUAACCACGAGGACACCGUCAUGAACGUUCGUUACGGGUUUGUGCGGGAGGUUCAUCAAAAGUAUAAACACAACGCCGAAAGACUGCUAAAGCUCAUCGACGAAGUCUACCGGUGGCUUCCGCUGGGCACGAUAGUUAACAACCGGGUGCUGGUAGUGCACGGGGGCAUUUCCGAUUCCACCGAUCUCGAUCUGAUCCGGAGCUUGGAUCGAGGAAAGUACGUUUCUCUAUUACGACCACCAAUUACCGAAAGCUCUGCACCUGGAGCGGAAAUAAUCGACAAAGUGGAAUGGAAACAGGUAUUCGAUAUCCUCUGGAGCGAUCCGCAACACAACGAAGGCUGCCGGCCAAACUCACUGCGUGGCGCCGGGACCUAUUUUGGGCCGGACGUGACCAACAAGUUCCUACAACGAUACAAGCUGCAGUAUCUGGUGCGGUCGCACGAAUGCAAACCCGAUGGUCACGAAAUCAUGCACGGCGGAAAGGUCAUCACGAUAUUUUCCGCCUCCAACUAUUACGAAAUAGGUUCCAACAAGGGGGCCUACCUCAAGCUGGACCCCCAGUUGGAUACCCAUUUCGUGAUGUACACGGCAGCGGCGUCGAAGACACGCAAACUGACCUUCCGGCAGCGCGUUGGACUGGUGGAAAGUUCAGCACUGCGAGAACUGGCAGCACGGUUACGCGAACGGCGGAUGGAGCUGGAGCGGGAGUUCAAAACGCGUGAUACGCAAAAUGCCGGUAUCCUCUCCGUUACAAAGUGGUGCGAGGCGAUGGAAGCUGCCACCAAUCUGGGUCUGCCGUGGCGUAUGCUCCGAGAUAAACUAGCUCCGGUGGACAACCCAACCGUAGCCAGCACCACCGGUUCGGAGGUCAACUACCGCAAGACGUUGCAUCUGCUCGACACGGAUUCGUUUAAAUGCGCCCAGAAUGGAACCGCAUCCGUGGCGGAGUCACUGUACAAGAACAAGAGCAGCUUGGAGGCGAUCUUCCGGAUACUGGAUAAGGACAACUCGGGACAGAUUUCGCUGGAGGAGUUCGGCGAGGCGUGUGACCUGCUGGAGAAGCACUUCCCGCACAACACCCACGAGCAGCUGCUGGACAUGUGCAGAAUGAUGGACAUCAACAAGGACGGGUUGGUGGAUUUGAACGAGUUCCUGGAAACGUUCCGGCUGUGCGAGAAUGCCAAGGCACAACUGCUGGAGCAACUGCAGGAGACGGCACUAGCCAAGGAGGAGAACGACGAGAAGACGGACAAGGGUAAGGAGGAUAAGGGGGUCAAAUCGAACGGGGAUGCCAAACGGAGAGGGAAUAAGAAGAGGAAUAGUGGUAAAAAGAUUGAUAUUUCCAAAAUAGCGGAAGAUUCGGAAGAUUAUGAAGACUACGAAGCAAACGAAGAGGACCAGGAAGUGAAGAAAAGUAGGGCGGCUGCUGCGGCGGUGGCGGCGGCAUCGGCAACAUCGCCGUCGAUGGCAGUGGCUGCCAGUGUAAACGGUACGGUUACCAGCGUUAGUGCCAAUGGCAAUGGGAAUGUGGCGGAGGGCUCCUAGGGAAGUCUGCUGGCGGUUGCGGUGGCGGAUCCGAGGGGUUUGGUGGAGGAGUAGAUCAUGAGAUGGAUAGUUGAUGAGGCGGAAAAAGUGAGAAGUCUCAAUGAAGCUUUGUUAGCACUAAACAAAAUCUUCUUUCGAGUUUAAAAGAAGCAUCACUUCAGCAUCACAAAAGCUUCGGUGAAACUUCAGAAAAGCUCUGUUAAAUUUUCUCGAAUGUUCCAUUAAAAUUAUACAAAAGCAUUGUUAAGGCUUUGCAGAAAUUUGUAUAAUGGGUUUCAGAAACUUAGUCGAAGCUUCUCAGAAGCUUAGUCUUAGCUUAGUGAAGCUUUUCAGGAGUUUAGUUGAAGCUUCUCAGAAGCUCAGUUGAUGAUUCUCCGAAGCUUUGUCGAAGAUGCUCAGAAGUUGAGUCGAAGCUUCUCAAAAGCUUAAUCGAAGCUUCUCAGAAGCUUAAUUGAAGCUUCUCAGAAGGUUAGUCGAAGCUUCUCUGAAGCUUAGUCGAAGAUUCUAAGAGACUUAACCGAAGCUUCUCAGAACCUUAGUCCAAGCUUCUCAGAAGCUUAAUCGAAGCUUCUCAGAAGUUCAAUCGAAGCAUCUCAGAAGCUGAGUUGAAGCUUUUCAGAAGCUUAGUCGAAGCUUCUCAGCAGCUUAGUCAGAGCUACUAAGAGGCUUAGCUGAAGAUUCUCAGAAGCUUGGUCGAAGCAUCUCAGAAGCUUAUUCAAAGCUUCUCAGAAGCUUACUCGAAGCAUCUCAGCAGCUCAGUAGAAGCUUCUCAGAAGCUUAGUCGAAGCUUCGCAGAUGCGUAGUCGAAGCUUCUCAGAAGCUUACUCGAGACUUAUCAGAAGCUUAGUUGACACUUCUAAGAAGCUUCACCAGAAACUUAGUCGACGAUUAAUUGAAGCUUAGUCAAAGCUUAUCAGAAGCUUAGUCGAAGUUUCUCAAAAGCUUAGUUUAAGCUUCUCAGAAGCAUAGUCGAAGCUUUCCCGAAGCUUAGUUGAAGAUUCUAAGAGGCUUAAUCGAAGCUUCUCAGAACCUUAGUCAAUGCUUCUCAGAAGCUCAGUCGAAGCUUUUCAGAAACUGAGUUGAAGCUUCUCAGAUACUUAGUCGAAGCUUCACAGAAGUUUAGUCAAAGCUUUUCAGAGGCUUAAUCGAUGCUUCUCAGUAGCGUAGUCGAAGCUUCUCAGAAGCGUACUCAAAGAUUCUCAGAAGCUUAGACGAAGCUUCUCAGAAGCUUAGUCGAGACUUCUCAGAAGCUUAGUCAAAGCUUCACUAGAAGCUUAGCCGAAGCUUCUCAGAAGCUUUAUCAGAGUUUCUCAGAAGCUUAUUCGAGACUUCGCAGAAGCUUCACCAGAAGCUUAGUAGAAGCUUUAUUGAAGCUAAGUCAAAGCUUAUCAGAAGCUCAGUCGAAGCUUCUUAGAAGCUGAGUUGAAGCUUCUUAGAAGCUUAGUCAAAGAUUCUCUGAAGCUUAGUCGAAGCUUCUCAGAACCUUAGUCAAAGCUCCUCAGAAGCUCAGUCGACGCUUCUCAGAAGCUCAGUCGACGCUUCUCAGAAGCUUAGUCAGAGCUUAGUUGAAGCUUCUCAGUCAGAACUUUUCAGAAGCUUAGGCGAAGCUUCUCAGAAGCUUGGUCAAAGCUUCUCAGAAGCUUGGUCAAAGCUUCUCUGAAGCUUACUCAAAGCUUCUCAGAAGCUUAGUCAAAGCUUUCCAGAAGCUUAGUCAAAGAUUCCCAGAAGCUUAGUCAAAGACUCUCAGAAGUUGAAGGUUCUCAGAAGCUUAGUUUAAGCUUCUCAAAAGCUAAGCCAAAGCUUCUCAUAAGCUUAGCCAAAGCUUUUCAGAAGCUUAGCCAAAGCUUCUCAGAAGCUUAG